AUGAGCAGGAAUAUAGGAUUAGGGGCGCAGACUGCCAUGAACAUUUGCGCCGAUUGUAACGAGCCCUCUGUGUGUACAUGUUCUUUGUGUGACAGCAAAAUGUGCAGAAAACACAUGAUUACCCACAUGGACACAGUUCAUUCGUUAACUGAUAAUGAUUCAGACAAAACAAAAUGCUCUGUUCAUUCCAAAAACUUCCUGAAAACUUUCUGUAGAACUUGUCGUCUGCCACUUUGUGAUAACUGUGUGACAGACGGUGGCCAUGUUGCCCAUGAAAAAAGUGACCUCGACGCCAUCUUGGAAUAUUUCAACGAAGCCAUUUGCAAUGAAAGCCAAGAGUUAGUAAAUCACAUAAGGCCUUUUUAUCAAAAGAUACUCGACAUUACAAAGGAAAGGAAAAAUGGAGUCCCGCAUAACUAUAAGAAAGUGAAGCAUGACAUCAAACAGUUAGGGGAAUUCUUGCAUAAAGAAAUUGAUAGUGCAGUAAUGACUUUGCAUGCUGAAUUAGAUGAGAAAGAAAAGAUCGAAAAGGAACAGCUAAAGGAGCAGGAAGAUGUUUAUUCAGAAAGAAUUAAAAAAUUAGAUGAAACUGUUGUACAAAACAGGCAGUUAAUGAGUUCCAACAAUCCAAUCGAAUUAACGAAAUUUAGCUCAAGCCUUGCUUAUUUCCAUGUAAAUCCAAGUCAAGUUAAAGUAGAGUCGCCUAGAUUCUCUCCUAUAACAAACAGAAAUGAAAUUAAAGAGAAGAUAUUGGAACUUUUUGGAGAGGUUGUGUUCGAUGUAUCCGACAACCUUGUGUCUGAUUUAAAAGUGGAGAACGCAAGUGCAACAAAAGUGCAGCUUCUGGAGCAACCAGGAGUUUUAGAGGUUCUUAAAAUCGAUUUUCCUCCUGACGCAAAUAAAAAUAAAUUGUAUAAUUUAUGUUGUAUAAAUCCAGAGAAAAUUUUGGUCGGUGGGAAUGAUAAUUUUCUUCACGUAAGAGCAUUCUCACCAAAUGAGUAUGAUAACCACAAAGAGUUCCAGAAAGUCAAAAUAACAUGCGAAGGGGUCUACUUUGUUCUCGCGUCAAAUGGCGUGCUCUUUUAUACAGGUAAAAUUGACAGGACCGUGAAAAGAUUAAAAAGCCUUAGUUCUACAGGAAUUGCUACUUUUCUGCAAUUUGAAAAAUGGGAACCAAGAGGACUAGCAAUGACUUCUUCGGACCACCUACUUGUGUGUCUUUAUAAGAGGAAGCAGUCCAAAGUAGCAAGGUACAAUCAGACUGGAAAGAUCGUUCAGGAAAUUCAAUACCACAACGAAAAGCUCUUGUUCGAAAAUCCUAUGUUCAUCUGCUGUAACAAAAAUGGGGACAUUUGCACAGCAGAUAACGACAAACACGCCAUUAUUGUCGUUAAUCAAUUUGGCGUCUUUCAAUUUUCUUACGAUGGACGCAGUGUACUAGAGAAGGGUAAAAUUUUUCGUCCAUGCAAUAUGGCAACAGAUCACUUGUGCAAUAUUAUAGUAACGGAUUUUGAAAACCACAAAAUCCAUCUUCUUGAUAAAUAUGGACAAUUUAUUCGCUCUCUGGACCCUGAUGCAGGGAUCAGUCGCCCUAGAGCCAUUUCUAUAGAUAAGGAUGGGAAAUUAUGGUUUGGAGAAUGCUUCAGCGGGAAAGUCAAAGUCGUGCAAUAUCUUAAAUGA